GUCAAGAUAGAGCUCAUACUGCGGGCGGUGCAUGUGCAUGUACAGGGGGGGAAGCGGUCUCAAUAAAUCAAUGCUUUAUAUAUAUUCUCUUCGGACAACUACAUUUUGUAAAUCAUUUAAAUGUAUACAUGUUAAAAGGUCACCACAUUCUUUGGAGAGUAUAUACUUUAGGUCCCCAGAAAAAAAAAUUCACGACAAAGAAUCCCGUGAGUGUCCGAGUUACUGUGACUGUCUGACGCAGCAGGCACUUUGUUCACAAGAGUCAAUCAGGGGAAUCAAUGUGUAGUGUGGUUUAUAAGUGGCCUCCAGAUAACCCUUUGUAAAACAUCCUUUAAUUGGAUUCCUCCCAGGGAGUUUAAAACGUAGUCUGUGAUUAGUUAUUUCGAUGCAGACGUACUGAAUGGCCUGUAGUCGGUAGAAGUAUUUUACUGCCAUGUGUACUACACAGUCGACCAGCAGAUGGCGAUGUGGCCCUGUUAGAUAUCUACAAGCGGGCUAAUUACAGUGAAUGGACCGGGUGUGUUCUUGUCACUAAAAAUGCAUUGUUACUUUUCAUCAAUUUCUAUUUACAUUUUAUUAGUUAUUAUGGGGGGAUACAGAAUAACUCCACAGUAAAACAAAAAAAAUGUGCACAAUCUUUCAGAAUAGUUUAUUUUCAGGUCUAUUUUGAAAUCAGUUGUACUUCCUGGACAAAUGAUAGGCACCGCAGGGAGCGUCUCCGGAAAGCCUGCGCACGGUUCAGCCUGUCUUCACGCAGCUUUCCGCACGAUCAAGGACGUCAUCUCGAGCUCUGCUGCAGCUCAGAGAGCAGCCUUUGAAAGAAAAGAAGAAGAAAAAACACGUUCAAAAAAAUCAUAGUUGUAGAGUAAACAAUGGCCGGAGCUGCAUCGCUCGAGGCAGUCAAACGAAAGAUCAAAUUUUUACAAGAUCAGGCCAGCGGUGCUGAAGAGAAAGCCGAGACGUUACAGAAGGAGUUGCUUUCGGAGAAACAUAACAGGGAACAAGCUGAGUCCGAUGUCGCUUCCCUUAACAGGCGUAUCCAGCUGGUUGAGGAGGAGUUGGAUCGCGCUCAGGAGCGUCUGGCAACUGCCCUGUCCAAGCUGGAGGAGGCUGAGAAGGCAGCUGAUGAGAGCGAGAGAGGCAUGAAGGUCAUUGAGAACAGGGCCAUGAAGGACGAGGAGAAGAUGGAGCUGCAGGAGAUCCAGCUGAAGGAGGCCAAGCACAUCGCUGAGGAGGCUGACCGCAAAUAUGAGGAGGUGGCCCGUAAGCUGGUCAUCAUUGAGGGCGACCUGGAGCGUACAGAGGAGCGCGCUGAGCUGAAUGAGGGACGGACUCGGAGAGCGGACGAUGAGCUCAGGGUUUUGGAGCAAAGCAUGAAAUCACUAAACUCCUCAGUCACAAAGUACUCCCAGAAGGAGGACAAAUACGAGGAGGAGAUCAAGGUCCUCACCGACAAGCUGAAGGAGGCUGAGACUCGUGCUGAGUUCGCUGAGAGAUCAGUAGCCAAGCUUGAGAAGACCAUUGACGACUUGGAAGAGAAACUGUCACAAUCGAAGGAAGAGAACCUCGAUAUGCACCAGAUGCUGGACCAGACUCUAAUGGAACUGAAUAAUUUGUGAAAGCACGGUCUGACCUCGCACGCACUGUGGUUUUGGCUUUUUGUACAUGCACCUUGCUUCCCAUCAACCCCUCUCCUCAUGCCUUGCCCACGGUGGAGAGGAAACGACCAAAUGCAUUUCCUACUUCACCGUGCUGCCUUCAGCGGAACGUGACCAAGGAGUAAAGAUAAGGGCAAAUACAGCUUAACCUUUCCCUUUGAUGAAGCCUAAACUGAGAAACAAUUUAUUUUUUUGCAAGCCAGUUUUAAUCUUAUAACGAUGUCUGCCUUUUGCAAUCCUUGAGAUUUUUUUUUUUUUUUUUGACAAGUAAUUUGGUAAAGUAACAUUUGUAAGAUUGUUUCCUACUGCGUUGAAGCGAUCUGGUACGUUCCAUUCCAUCUAGAUUAUGCACGUACAGAAGGACAACGUGGAGAAAUGUUGCACUUAGUUGAACCUAAAUUCUGUAAGAAAAAAUAUGUUUAAAAAAAAUUAUAUAUGCCCUCCUCCCGGAAGCUUUCCUUACAAGUUAUAGUAUAAAUUGUCUCUGCCUGUCAUCAUGUAUACUGGUGCUACUGUAUUGUUAAGCAAUAACGGACAAUGCUAAUACAUUACAGUAUAUUUAGAUCCUUUAAAACCACGGUUCAACAUUUGUUCAUCUUGUCUAUAAAGUCUGACUUCAGUCAUCGGGCUGUGCAUUGUUUUAGCAUUGUAUUAAUGUAGAUGUCUCAAGUGUUUAUUAUAUCUGAAAUGUACAAAUUAUAAAAAUAAAAAGCACGUUUUGAAAGGUU